CUCAACCCUGGUGAACGUCCCCUCCGACUCCUGUCUCUAUCCACGACCAUGCACUGACAGUCCAUCGAGCUGAUCCAGGACUCGGAAGUUGCGAGGUGGUGUUUUGUUUUGGAUGCGGUCAGCCCGGAUGCCUCCAGAGUCGUGAUAUCGCUCAGAUUAAAAAAAGAAAAAAAAAGAAAGAAAACGGAAUAUUCAAGACUCACCGACUUGUUGCUUCUGAGAGCACUCGUGUGUGGUGAACCUGGAGCGCAGUGAAAGAGGGGAGCGUCCUUCACCACGGGGCCCGGACAUGGAGCCUCGCGCCGCGGGAAAGAUGGGGAAGAUCACCGUGGGCUUCCAGAGGAGCUCCACCUCGGACGAUGACUCCGGGUGCGCGCUGGAGGAGUACGCGUGGGUGCCGCCGGGAGUCAGGCCUGAGCAGGUCCAGAUGUAUUUCUCCUGUCUGCCGGAGGAGAAGGUGCCGUACGUCAACAGCCCCGGAGAGAAGCACAGGAUCAGACAGCUCCUCUACCAGCUGCCGCCACAGGACAACGAGGUGCGUUAUUGCCACUCUCUGAGUGAGGAGGAGAAGAGGGAGCUCCACAUGUUCAGUGCCCAGAGGAAGAGGGAGGCACUGGGGAGAGGAACACCCAAGAUCCUGCCCCGGGCUCUGCAACACACCCGCUGUGAACAUUGUGGCGGAGGCAUCAAUGGAGGGGAGAUGGCAAUUUUCGCCUCCAGAGCUGGGCCGAGCCCCUGCUGGCACCCAGCAUGCUUCGUGUGCGCCACGUGUCAAGAGCUGCUGGUGGAUCUGAUCUAUUUCUACCAAAAUGGCAAGAUCCUCUGCGGGAGACACCACGCUGAGCUUCUCAAACCACGAUGCUCUUCUUGUGAUGAGAUCAUUUUUUCGGAUGAAUGCACUGAAGCAGAAGGUCGUCACUGGCACAUGAAGCACUUUGCCUGUUUCGAGUGUGAGACAAUGCUCGGGGGGCAGCGCUACAUCAUGAAAGAUGGCCGGCCCUACUGUUGUGGCUGCUUUGAGUCACUGUAUGCAGAGUACUGCGAGGCCUGCGGUGAAAACAUUGGUGUUGACCAUGCUCAGAUGACCUAUGAAGGUGUACACUGGCACGCCACAGACAAGUGCUUCUGUUGUGCCCAGUGCAAGACGUCCUUGCUGGGCUGUCCCUUCCUACCAAAGCAGGGUCGCAUCUAUUGCUCAAAGGCCUGCAGCCAGGGGGAAGAUAUUCAUGCCUCCGAUUCGUCUGAUUCUGCCUUCCAGUCGGCACGCUCACGUGAGUCAAGGCGCAGUGUCCGCAUGGGGAAGAGCAGCAGACCUGCUGAACAGUGGAGGCAGUCACAGCUCUUCAACCCGCCCCCCACCGUCCCUUCAUUUGAGUACAAGUUUGGAGAUAGAGAUGGAGAGGGCGAUGGAGAUACAGAGUGCGACAUUGGCAUCGUAGGGCGUAAGCUGUCCCGUCUGGGUCUGGAGGAGGAGAGGUUCUGGAGGGAGCGCGAGGAGCAGGAUGCUGGUGGAGAGGAGGAUCCAGAGGAGUGGGCACAGCAUGAGGACUAUAUGACUCAGCUCCUGCUCAAGUUUGGUGAUCGUGGGAUGUUACACCAACUUCAGCAACCUUCUCUAAAAUCUCCCAGUCCUACCAGUGACAGAAACAGACUAUUACCUGUCUCUGACCCCUGGCUAAAGCCUGAUAGCACAUCUUUGGGUGUUACCGCCUCGUCCCCAACACCUGCCAGUCCCACCCAGAGCCAGAUUUCCAAUCAAUCCCGAGCCCACAGCCUUAGCCCUGGGCUGAUGAGCAAGACGCACCUGCCCGAAAUGUACUGGGCCCAGUCCCAGGACGGGUUGGGAGACUCUGCCUAUGGAAGUCAUCCAGGUCCUGCCAGUGCCAGGAAGAUCCAAGAGCUGGAGCUGGACCAGGAUCAAGACCAAUCUGGGACAGGAAGACAACCCUUCUGGCCAGACACCAGGCAGUGGUAUGAAGAUUCUCUUGAGUGCAUCGCUGAUGAACUGAGGAAAGUCGAGCAGGGUGCUGGAGACUCCAUGGACUCUCUAGCGCUCUCAAACAUCACUGGUGCAUCAGUGGAUGGAGAUGGCAGGGACAGACCCAUAGUCUACACCCUCGCCAUGCAGGAUCCUUCAGUGACAGAUGACUGUGAGAAGAUGAGCAACAUGGGAACCUUUAAUUCAUCUCAUCUUCACCACAGUGCCAACUCUCUCAAUCUUAACAUAGAGAAGGGAGAUGAGGAGGAGGUAACAUUGGCAAUAAGAGGAGGCACAUCAGGAGGACUUCUCUCCCCACGUUCAGAGGGCCUCCCUGCCUCCUUUGUUCACGCACCAGCUCUGAGGAGGAGCAAAUCCCAGUCCAGGCCACCUCAGGUGGUCAAGUUCUCAGAAGACACUGUGGAUAAUGGAUAUAACGAUGGGUUUGACGUCAAUAUUAGAAAGCAUCCCAUGAGUGAGAAGCCACAAAGGAGGAUGUACUGCCCAGAUGAGAUGGGUCGAGAGAGAAGCCGCCCAUCGAGCCACCAUGGGCGCAGCCGGCAGCACCCCCACCGACAGGGUCGGCAUCACAGGAGCCGCAAAACCCGCUCGGACAACAACCUUCACAUGGUGCCUUUGGAGAGAGCACAGAGGCCGUACGAGCCCCAGCAGCCGGGUUUGGUAAACCCCCCUUGUGGUGCUAUGCUCCUACAGCAUCCCGCACACAGGCUGCCCAUGGCCUGUUCCCAGACCCGAUCUGACUUCAUGCCUCAGGGCUCAGUUCAAGGAGACCCACGGGUUGAGCAUUUCAUGGGCCUCUACAGAGACGAGGAUGACUUUUGCUCCACUUGCUCUUCCUCAUCGUCAGACUCUGAGGAGGAAGGCUAUUUCCUGGGCCAGCCCAUCCCUCAGCCUCGACCUGCUGGGCGCUACUAUGCUGAGGACUACCCAACAAGGGUUACAGCCCUCUCUUCCCACAGCCACGGCUCACAGACUGGUCGUAAAAAGAGCCACCGCUCCAAAAACAAAAACUGUAUCAUCUCAUAACAGCUCAGAGUGUAUUUACAUUGUAAUCUGCACUACAAAGGAAAAGUCUUGAUUUAUCUAAUGAUGUGGUUUUUGCAGAUCAAUGACAGUUUAAAGCAACCCACAUGCAGUCUGUAAAGUACACCCUAACAGAAGGUGCAUGGCCAAAAUGUCAAAAUGCAUAUCAUAUUUUAGACCCUAAUCUGCUGAAAGAAUAAAUCAAUACAAACUGCAAAGACAGCACAGGAAAGACUGGAUUUGUGUUACAUUCAGUCAGAAGAUCUAUUUUUGUGUGUGCAAACCUGGCCUAGAUACCGGGGCUUAUUGAAUUUUAGCACUAAUAUGAUGCGUGGACUGGUACAUUUGGAAGCUUUUCUUUUGACAGUACAGACCAAAACUAUGUACAGAGUUGGCAGAGUGGCCACAUCAUACUUUUUCUCUCAUUUCAGUAUUUGCUGUUAUGUUCUUCUCUUCUAAUGUUUUAUGUUCAGUUAAACGUUUUGCAGCAAUACCUUUGUGUGCUUUAAAAUGGCAACAUAUUGUACACAGAGGCCGAUAAAGUAGAAAAUACAAACAAACCAAAUAAUUAUUUAAUGCAUAAUAGUACAAAAUGAUAAUGUAUAUACUAAGUUAAGAUUUUUAAUACUGGUAUUUUUAUAUCUGUGGUUUAAAGAAUUGUUUCUUUUGAAGUGUUUGAUAUGAAACAGCAGCAGUUGUUACGGUAAACAAACAGACCUCCUUAAUAUUUUGUUAGAAAGAACAAAGAAGGUGCCACUUCACAAACUGUGCUCAUAGCAGUCAAGUGCCAUGUUACUCUGUAACAAUGUUAAUUAUAACAUAUACUCCACAAUGCUCACUAUUGGUGUACAAAACAUAAAAUGCAACGGCAGUAACACCUGCAUUUCCCAUAUUCAGCUGAACUGUACACUACCCUUGCUCCGACAUAACCAGCUAAAUGCUUUGUGAUGUAAAGACGCUUUUAAUAAAUAUUUUUCUCCUCUCAAACCUUCAGGAAAGAUUUUUUUUUUCUCCAUCAAAUGUACUCGAUACAUACUCGAUUCUGUGCCAUCCUUGUUGAACUUGUCUGAACUUCUAUCCACACGUCAUGAUACGUAAACAUGCACAUCUGAAGAAAAUAGUAAGGUGGUUUGGUGUGUAAGGCAUGUU